UUUAAUAUGAGUGAAUCUAAGAUCUGCUAAUGCUGGUAAUUAUUUGAUUAAUAAUUGAGCUUGGAAGAAGUGUUGACUACUAAUUAUUUACUUCAUUCUCUCUAUUGUGAAAGAAACAUUAUAAAAUGUGAAAUUUGUGAUUUGAGAAUAGAUAUGAAAGAAAAGGAUAAUCAUAUGGAGUUUCAUAAAAAAGUAGAGUUAAAGUAUAUGAUUAGGUAGACUGUCAAUAUUGUUAAUAAUUAUUUGAAUAGGGAUAAUUAGAAAUGCAUAAAAAUAGUUGUUUAAAUAAGCCAGAGAAGUGUGGAUUUUGUGAUUUGAUAAUAAAUAUCAAAGAAAUGCCAAAACAUUAAGCAAAAUGUGGUUCUAGAACAGAAUAAUGUUAAACUUGUUAAAAGCAUAUAUAAAAAAAAGGUAAAUAUAUAUUUUGAUUAUUUAGAAUUGAGUUUUCAUCAAGGUAUUUGUUUAUAAGAUUAAUAAUAACAAUCUCCAAAGCGUAAUAGAUUAAAACGUAAUACAAAUGAUAAUUAAUUGAAAUAAUCCAAGGAUGAUUCAUCUGUAUAAGAGAUAAAAUAGUCGGCAACUACUCGAAGAAAACCAUAGUAAUAGAUUAAAUAAAAUUUGAAAUAAAAAGUGUAGGUGUUGAAGAAAUAAGAAGAUAAUGAAGAUGAAGAUGAUGAUGAUGAAGAUUUUUAAAAGGCUUUAUAAAUGAGUCUGAAUUAAAAAUGAAUUAAUAAAACUCAAAUUUGUGUAAAAGUUUUAAAAAAAUAAAAGUACAUCGAUAUUUGUCUCAUCCAAUUAAAUGCGAAAC